UCUGUCCCACGAUCAUACAGACAGGUUCGAUACUCAUAUAUCGAAGUCUAGGGAGAACAAUCCAAAAAUUGAGUCGUGACUAGAUGUGAAAAAUCAAUAUGAUAGACACGACUCAAUUUUUGGACGGUUUUCCCUAGUGAAUGUCGGUCGAGAUCUGUUAUAUGUAUGAUCGUGGUACAGCGCAUGCGCUGAAUGGAAAACAUUUUCAAAUUUUACAAGGCUAAAAAAAAACUAUUGUAAUUUUAUAUUUUAUAUAUUUUAAUGAAAUAAUGUGCUUCCAAGAAAUAUUAAAAUAUCAAGUAGCGAAGUGAAAAGUGAUGAAAAUUUUUCUCUUUCGGAAAAGCAAACAAGAACAACUAGGUAUUGUUUCCAAAACAGUUUAGUAUUAAAAAAUAUAAAUACAUUUAAUCAAGAUAGAAAUAUGGAUAAUAAUAAAGAACAAAGUAUUGAACGUGAGAUGAUAAAUGCAUGUACAGUGGGCAAGUUCGAAAUUGUAAACAAAUAUAUUGAAUCAUAUGAUAUAAACAAAUUUUUAUGUGAUGGAUGGACUCCACUUCUGUAUGCUGCUUUUAAUGCACAAGUAAACGUCAUUGAGUAUCUCAUAAACAAUGGAGCUGAUGUUAAUAAGCAUAAGGAUGGCUAUACACCAUUAAUGGCAUUAUGCAAUUCUAUUAAAGAAACAACAGAACAACGUAUAAAAUGCUUAACAGCAUUAAUUGAAGCAGGUGCUAAUCCAAAUGCAAACAAUAAACAAAGACAAACACUUCUCAUGUACGCUUGUAUGUCACAAGAACCUGAAUUUAUAACAGAACUAGUGAAAUAUAUAAAAAAUAUUAAUGCAUAUGACAAUAGGAAACAAACUGCAUUGAUGUAUGCAACAAUAGCUAAUAAACCAGAAGUAGUCAAAAUAUUAAUAGAAAAUGCAGCAGAUGUUACAUUAACUGACUUAAAUGGUCUAACUGUAUAUGAUGUAGCUUCUAUGAAAGGAUAUGAUAAAAUUUUGUCGCUAUUAAAUCUCGAUGAAGAAGUAGCAAUAAAUACUUAUAAAAUAUUUAAAGUGUAUGAGUGGAAACAUAUGUUUCCAUCACUACUUAAUAUAGACAAUGAAACUGUAGAUCCUGAUGUGUAUACAAUUUUAUAUGGGAUGAAUUUAGAAAAAUAUACUCAUAUUUUCCAAGGGAUAAGUCUCAAAACAUUUUUAACAUUAACUGAAAAUGACUUAAUCCACUUAGGAUUGGAUAUUAAUGCACAUAGAAUACAAUUUAUAGAAUGUCUUCAUAAAUUUCAUAGGAAAAAAUGGAGUAUACAAAGCAUUGGUGCUAUCAAUAAAUCGUUACCCUAUACAUUAUAUAAUGGUAUAGCCUCAUUAGGUAUAUUAUCUAAACAAAUCGCUGUUAUUGGUUCUAGUUUUCGGUAUAUUAAAAAUAGUUUAUUAAAGGUAAAUAGUGGAGAUAUAUAUUUAACUACUGAACGAAUAUCUAAUUAUGAGCAAGAGCUUAAAAAAGUACAAGGGACACUUAGUAUUCUAAAAAACGAGCUUAUGCAAAUAAAAGCACUUUCUAAAAGGGUUGAAAAAGAAAACGAUAUUGGUAUACCCGCAACAUAUAUCAGACCAAAAAAACGUAACAUAAAUUGGCCUAUGUGUUUAAGCAUUACAUUAAUUGCAGGAAUCUAUAUAUCGAAAACAAUAUACAUUCAGAAAUUAAUAUGUUGUUGAAAAUAUGAUUGUAUCUAUUAAGAACUUUUGUAUAUUUAUUUGUUCUAAACUUGAUUAAUAAAUUAUUCAUGUAGAA